UUCCAAUAUUCAGUCGCAUCCUAGCUUAUUAGCUGUGUUUUUCUGUCUAGUGAGCAGUGAUCAACCACAUCAGACAACAUGUGUGACGACGAUGUUGCGGCUCUUGUCGUUGACAAUGGUUCCGGAAUGUGCAAAGCCGGUUUCGCCGGUGAUGACGCACCCCGUGCCGUCUUCCCAUCCAUCGUCGGUCGCCCCAGGCAUCAGGGAGUAAUGGUUGGUAUGGGACAAAAAGACUCAUACGUAGGAGAUGAAGCCCAAAGCAAAAGAGGUAUCCUUACUUUGAAAUACCCCAUUGAACACGGUAUCAUCACCAACUGGGAUGAUAUGGAAAAGAUCUGGCAUCACACCUUCUACAACGAACUCCGUGUCGCCCCAGAAGAACACCCAGUUCUCCUCACUGAAGCUCCCCUCAACCCCAAAGCUAACCGUGAAAAGAUGACUCAAAUCAUGUUUGAAACCUUCAACACACCCGCUAUGUAUGUUGCCAUCCAAGCUGUACUUUCCUUAUACGCUUCCGGUCGUACCACUGGUAUUGUAUUGGACUCUGGAGAUGGUGUCACCCACACUGUACCAAUUUAUGAAGGUUAUGCCCUCCCCCAUGCCAUCCUCCGUUUGGACUUGGCUGGCCGUGACUUGACCGACUACCUCAUGAAGAUCCUUACUGAAAGAGGUUACUCAUUCACCACCACAGCUGAAAGGGAAAUUGUCCGUGACAUCAAGGAAAAACUUUGCUAUGUUGCCCUCGACUUCGAACAAGAAAUGGCCACCGCCGCCGCCUCAACCUCCCUCGAAAAGAGCUACGAACUUCCUGAUGGACAAGUCAUCACCAUUGGUAACGAAAGAUUCCGUUGCCCUGAAGCUCUCUUCCAGCCUUCCUUCUUGGGUAUGGAAUCUUGCGGUAUCCAUGAAACUGUCUACAACUCCAUCAUGAAGUGCGACGUUGAUAUCCGUAAGGACUUGUACGCCAACACUGUACUCUCCGGAGGUACCACCAUGUACCCUGGUAUUGCUGACCGUAUGCAAAAGGAAAUCACUGCCCUUGCUCCAUCCACCAUCAAGAUCAAGAUCAUUGCUCCCCCAGAAAGGAAAUACUCCGUAUGGAUUGGUGGAUCCAUCUUGGCUUCCCUCUCAACUUUCCAACAGAUGUGGAUCUCCAAGCAAGAAUACGACGAAUCCGGCCCUGGAAUCGUCCACCGCAAGUGCUUCUAAGCAAUUUAAUUGUAUUUCUAAUAAGCUAUUCGACAUGUUGUUGUACUGUAUUACAUCUACAGUUUUAUUAUUAAUGCGACCGUGGUUGUACUGCCAGACAGACUUUUAUUUGAACAUCAUAUCAAUUAACACCUUUUGAUUAUUAUGUUUAUUAUUUGUUAUUAUAUUUACUUAUUGUAAUAAUUUUAUCACUGGGCAGGUCAAUAAAACCUAUCUAGUAAUAAACCUGCCUAUUUAUUUCUAUUUUUAAGAUUUUACGAUCCAAAGAGAA